CCCAAUCAAACAACAACAAGUCAAGUCGCCUAUGCUGAUAUCUUGAAUCUUCUUUCUUCCUUUCGUCUACUUAUUCCGAGCAGAGUUGGCUGGACAAGAGAGAGGUGUUUGGAUUAGCAAAGCCAUGAAGGGUCUCCACUUAACCCCCUUCCUCAUCAUCAGCGUCCUCCAAGUCUGCAGCUGCAUCCAAGAUGUCCAGAGCGAGAAUAAUUACUUUGUAUCUUGUCCAGAGCAAUAUGUCCAAGAUGCACGACGACCCGGCGAAGUCUAUUUCGAAGUGAAGUUCCCUUUCCGGCUCAAUGAUCAGCCGGAAUCACGGGGGUUUCAGGGGUUCGAGCUUUACUCCCAGGGACACUUUACCAUGCUCAAGCUUCCUUUUGAUCAAGUACUGGCUGUCGAUCAUAUAUCAUACUCAAGCCAGGUGCUAUCUGUCUCUGACCCAGUUGACUGCCUCUUCGGAAGGCUUCUCAAACUUAAUCUCUCUGCAUCGCCCUUCACUCUUCUCAAUAGAAGUUAUCCUCGCUCUGUAUCUUAUAAGCCCUUCAACUGUUCAUCAGAAGCGUCGUCCAACUAUUUCAUGCCAGUCAGUUGUCUAAGCGAUCCUCCUGGUCACUACUGCUGGGUUGAUCCCGACUUGCCUCUGGAAGACCUGCCAUCGUGUGAACCAUUGACGGCAGGUCAGUUUCAACUUUCCUGUGAUAGACGAAGCCUCUUUUUGGCAUGGGAUGAACCGGACUGCAGACGUUGCAAUGAAGAUUGUCGGUUAAAUAGAACGAGCAACAAAACUGAAUGUAUGACGUAUCCACCUUCUUACGAUCCCUAUAUAUAUCCAUCUUCUUACAAAGAUUCGCAUGCUACAGAUGUAACGAUAGGUCUGUGCGCUGCCGGAUUUGUGGCGAUAGUGACGAUAAUAAUUCUACUCGUCUACAAGAGAUUCAGCAAGAUGAAGAAGAAAAAGCAGAAUCUUGCUGUCGAAAGAUUCCUGAAGGAGUACAAAUCCAUGAAGCCUACAAGAUACUCCUACCCGGAUCUCAAGAAGAUGACCGACGACUUCAAGACCAUACUUGGGCAAGGAGGUUACGGCAGCGUGUUCAAAGGGAAGCUACACAAUGGAGUUCCAGUGGCAGUCAAAGUCCUCGACAACCCAACGGUCAGCGGAGACGAGUUCACGAACGAGAUAGCCGCGAUCGGAACGAUACAUAAUGUAAACAUCGUUCGACUCUUGGGAUUCUGCGUCGACGGAUCGAAGAGAGCACUCAUCUACGAGUUCAUGCCCAACGAAUCACUCGACAAGUAUAUAAUGGAGGAAGGGGAGAGAAGCACGAAGUUCUCAUGGACAAAGCUGCACGACAUAAGCAUGGGCAUAGCUCGAGGGAUCGGAUACCUUCACCAGGGUUGCGAGCAACGAAUCCUUCACUUGGACAUCAAGCCCCAAAACAUCUUGCUCGACCAAGAAUUCAACCCAAAGAUAUCCGAUUUCGGCCUCGCGAAGCUGUGUUCCAAGGAGAGAAGCGCCGUGUCGAUGACUGCCGCCAGAGGAACCAUGGGCUACAUGGCGCCAGAAGUGUUUUUGGGCAGCAACAAAACAGUUUCGCACAGGUCUGAUGUCUACAGCUUUGGGAUGGUGUUGAUGGAAAUGGUUGGUGGAAGGAAGAACACGGCUGAUGAUGGUGAAAAUGCUGCCCAAAUCUACUUUCCUGAGUGGAUUUAUAACCAAUUAAAGCAAGGAGAAGAGCUGGGAUUGGUAACAGGCUCAGUGGAGGAUGCUGAAAUAGCGAAAAAGUUAACCAUGGUAGCUCUGUGGUGCGUGCAGUGGAGACCGGCUGAUAGGCCGUCGAUGAAGGUAGCAGUUCAGAUGUUGGAAGGGAGCCUGGAAAGGUUGCCACUGCCACCAAAUCCUUUUUCUCCACAAGUCGAGAAAAAGAAUAUGGGAGAUACCGAUGCCAUCGAUAAUUAGGUGUCGGCAGACUCAGCUGCUGCAAUGCAAUGUUUGUUUCUUGUCUUAUUUGGGUCUAUAUAUGUACCUCCAUUUGUCACCAGAAGGAUAAAUCAAUUCUUCCGGGAAUUACUAAUUACUAUAAAUAAAAUGGAAAUUGAACGGCUCUCA